AUGGGCAUGGGGACUUGCAAGGACCUGACUCCAGACAAGAUCGAGCAGGCCAUCAUCCGGUAUGAAGAGGUCAGUUUCCCUUUCAUUUACAGUAAUUCUACUUUCUUCCAACUUUUUUAAGCAAUUCCAGGGGUUUUUAAAGAUCUAAUCAUUUUUUUUGUAUCAUCGGAAAAGAAAGAACAUCCCGAGAAUGCACAAAAAUGAAAUAUAUACUUAUAUAAUUCUGCCUUGUUUCCAAUAAACGCGCACUUUAUCACGAUCACUUUGUUUGAUUCAUUUCUGUGCCGAGAUUGCGCUGACCGUUUCUUCGGGCGCCUUGCGGGGAUAAAGUUUUGGUGGAUUUAUAUUUGGGCGGACUAAAAUACCCUCGAGGGCAAGUUAAUGAAAGGCCGUGGUCCCUUUCUUCCCAAUAUAAUCAGCUUCAUCUGGGCUUCUAAUUGCAUACCCCGAGGCGGUCCCGCUGUCGAUGACGUCGAGUUACAUAAAAUGGACGCACAGGUUACAAGCCGCACUUCCCUUCUUUAAGGGACGGAAACACGCUUCAGAAAUCCCAUCGAAUUGAAAAGCGGAAAAUAUUCUUCAAGUAGCCGAAUGAGUGUCUUGAAGAAGGGAUAUCAGACAUAAUCAGAACACAAUCUUUCAGCUUCUCCAACCCGUCCUCUCCUUCUACAACCAGUUCCAUGUUCUCAUCUACAAGUUCCUUUGUAUCCUCGGGGUCCUUUCCAACAUCUGCAUCGUCGUUGUUCUGAUGCGACCGGCGAUGCGGAGGAAUCCUUUUAAUGUGUUUCUGGUCGCUAUAGCCAUUUGUGACAUGACACUAAUGGCCUCGUACUUCGUCUUCAAGCAAGUAAGUUGCUAAUUAGGGAGUGGUAAUGGAAUUGGGGAUUACUAUACAUGGGAGCCCCCGGGGCAUUGAAUUCACUCAUCUUCGGUUCUUAUACUCACUCCGAAUAGAGAUGUCAUGCUAAAAAACAAAACAUAAAAGUUCAUUAAAAAUGAAUUGCAGGUGGAAGAUUGUAAUCCCAUCUACUACACCUAUGGCUGGGUGGUCUUUACCUUGGUCUACGCCCUGCUCUCGGUCUUUGUUCAUUCGGCCAGCCUUUGGCUGACCGUGAACAUGGCUGUUCUUCGGUUCUUUGUGCUAAGAGAUAGCUCCAACACGGGGUCAAGCCGAUGGAACAACUACCGAUCGGCCAUAAUCUCGGUGUUCUUGGCUCUCCUCUUCUCGUUGGUGGGCGCUGCCCCAAAUAUGUUGAGAUACGAGAUUGAGGACAAGGGACCUGCAGAAGUACCUCAUCAUUGCCUCAAGAAUGGAUCCACUUAUGCCAAGUUUUACAAAGAAGAUGAACUCAUAAACUCGUACACAAUCGGGCAGCCCGUCUUCUGGAAUUGUUCUUGGGAAAGAUUUAGUUUCUGGGUGGCUGGUAAGUUGAAUACAUUUUUCACCUUCCCAAACAUUACAGGGAUAAUGUUGAAGCUGAUUCCCUGUCUCUUGUUGACGGUGUUUAUGACAUUACUGGUGAGGAUGUUGGUGGAAGCCCGAGAACGACGAUCUCGUCUAUGUGCCAACAAUAGUGGAAGUGCAAGUGGCAGUAAUUGUGGAAAAACAAGUGCGAGCACCGGAAAGACUCAAGCCGAAAGGACAACUGCCAUGCUCACCAUGAUCGUCGCCUUGUUCUUGAUAACAGAGCUCCCCCAAGGUCAGUCUUAUUUGGCUUGAAUCAUUGGCGGUUUAUCUAUUUUACCGACUGGCUGAAACGAUUACUGAGCUCUCUAUGUCAGUUUCAAUUCGUAUUCAGACACCUGCAGCCUUCACAUAAGGGUGUGGAUACAACGGUUUCAGAAAAAAAGUCAAAAUAUUUCUGACAACUGACUAUUUGUGACAUGAAUCUUUUUAAUUAAGGAAGUAAAUCGAAAAAGAUGACCCAAAGACGAAUAAAAGGCCGAUUAUAACCCAAAGGCGCGAGAAGCCGUCCUUUUGAACAUAAAAUCGCUUGCCAAGCACAUGGCCAAGCACCUCAGUGACUGUUACCUUUUUCUGAAAUGGUACUUCAAAGCAGUAAUUUUUUGGGCUUUUUCGCAAUUGAUUUAGUUUCGAAGGUGCUGAUUUCGAAACUCAUGCUCAUGUUUUCUCUUUAUGGUACUACAUAGUAACCUGAUAUGUAUAGGAUGUCUCAAGAAAUUCCGCGGAAACUUUUUGUCGAUUUCUUGGCGCUCAGCAAAGAUAUACGGAUGGUGACAUACAAAUCAAACCGGGUUUCGUGGCCAGAGUUCUAGUCUCUCCCCGUGAAGAUUUUUUUCUCUGUUCAGACAAGAAUUGCGCAUUUCUUGUCUAGGCCUAACAGACAAGAAAUGGCGGUUUCUGGCCACGAAACCCGACUUGAUUUGUAGGUCACCAUCCUUAUAUCCAAAAAAUUCUUUUUGCAGUGAAAAGAAGAAGAUGGGCGGUUUUCUGUCUGAAAAAAGAUUUUCCUCCGCCGACACGAAGAGUAGUGUAUUCGGCGGAGACUUCUAAUCGCUUUUUUGGUCUUCACAUUGAUCUUAAAACACGAUUUCUGAGUCACUGUAUCAGCCGUGGACAUUCAAAAAAAUCGAUUUUGAGAUUUUUGUUUUAAAAUGACCGGGGGCAUCCUACUAGCACAUAACCAUAACAUUUUUGCCCAAUUCUCCCGUUAACCUACUGUAAUUUACAAUAAUAUGAUUUUACAGUAAUCGGAUAUUACUCAAAAAGUACGCAUCGUAAUUGGCUGAAAUCGGUACUAUAAAGGUUUUGGCACCUUGGCAUUACAAUAGAUGUCGAAUUUUGGCUGUCGGGUUACUGUAACAUAGUGAAACCUUGGUUCGGCCGCACAAAAUCGGCCAUAAAAAAUUUGUUUCUGAAAACCCACAGCCAAUUUUUGGAUAUGUUAAUAAGCAUAAAAUUCUGCUAUAGAAACAUUUAAAAAAAGUGCAAAAAGUCAUAACACCAUUUUCGUGGUAUAGUGGAUUUUGGUCAAAAUUUGUAAUCUGAAGGUCCCGGGUUCGAUUCCCACUGGACGAAAAAUGUGAGAGGCUGCAUAGAAACUUAGGAAAUCGACCCAGAUGGGUUUGUUAUACACAUUUAAGCCAUAUAAGACUAUAUCCAAGGCGGUAAUGCAAAUUUUAACGUAUUUUUUGAAGGUAAAAUGAGCGUUUUGCUUUUAUAAGAUUUUCCAGCAAGCUCAGUUGCAGAAAAACGGUAAAACUAAAAUAGAUAGGGUUUUCGAGCAUACUCAAUUCAACGAAAGCGAUUUUUCGGAGCCAAAGUUACUGUAACAUAGAAAAACAAGGUUUCGGCCGUUAAAAAUCGGCCGUAAAAUUUUUCUUUUUGUCGUUAAGCUGACGGUUAUUCGAUUUUCGGAAUCUCCGUAAAAUUCUUAUUAACAUAUCCAAAAAUUGGCUGUGGGUUUUCAGAAACAAAUUUUUUAUGGCCGAUUUUGUGCGGCCGAACCAAGGUUUCACUAUGUUACAGUAACCCGACAGCCAAAAUUCGACAUCUAUUGUAAUGCCAAGGUGCCAAAACCUUUAUAGUACCGAUUUCAGCCAAUUACGAUGCGUACUUUUUGAGUAAUAUCCGAUUACUGUAAAAUCAUAUUAUUGUAAAUUACAGUAGGUUAACGGGAGAAUUGGGCAAAAAUGUUAUGGUUAUGUGCUAGUAGGAUGCCCCCGGUCAUUUUAAAACAAAAAUCUCAAAAUCGAUUUUUUUGAAUGUCCACGCCUAACUGGCGGCAGAUUCACUGACUCAGAAAUUGAGUUUUAAACGCUUUAUUGUGAUGCUGAAACUUCCGGAAAGUCCUCAGAUUUUUUGCACUUGGGAUCAGAAGGCCGGAGACAGCGCUAUGCGAUCGUAUUUAGCGACUGCACGGUGCACUGCAGUCGUUGCAACACCGAUAAACUCCGAGCGCACCGUGCGGAAACAGCAGGGCAAAGGGAAAUUUGAAUGAAGAAUAUUUUGUUGUUUUUUGGUGCACCACGUGGUUCGCCGAUGGCUAAACUUUUGCCAAGGCUUGGCGACGAAAUUUUGGAGGGCAUACGAUACCAGCAGAACUGAAUGCUAACCAACCCAUAAAAAUUGUGUUUGGCCAGUUCUUGUUCGCAGCUGAGUUAUGGGCUCCGCCGAUAUGGCAAGUGUCCGCCAUAACUUCGCCAAACGCUUGAUCAACAUAGAAAUCAGCAUAUGUCCUUUGUUCAACCAUCAGAAAUCACAAUAAAGCGUUUAAGAUCGGUGUGAUGACCCAAAAAGCUAUUAAAAGUCUCCGCCAAAUACACUACUUCCCGCGUCGGCGGAGAAAAAUCUUUCGUUCAGGCAAAAACCCGCCCAUCUUCUUCUUUCUGACUGCUUUUCUGAGCGCCAACACAGGAAACUCAAAAUCACUUAUAAAAACUUCAAGUUCCGCGGUGGUGCUGCUUUCAAAUCCGAAAAAAUGAAUAAGAUUUUCGAAAUCAGCACCAUCGAAAACCCCUAAUUCGAUUAUUUAUGAAAAAAAUUCAAAAAAUGCUACUUUACAGUACUACUUAACGUAAGGAAAAAAGUAAAGAUAAAAAAUGAAUGUCAUUUUCGAAAUCAGCGCUUCGAUUAUCCUAAUUUCACACAUCGAAGAAAAAUAAUAAUUUUCGGUUUCCCCAAUUGACGAUUGGGGCCCCAAUCGUCCGACUCCGGACAGAGCUCUCUGUCGACAGAGUAUUGAUCAGCUAAUUUUUGCAUUUCCUGAAUGCAAAAACGUUUUGCGAUUUUUUGAUAUAUGUACGUCUCGAUCUAUAACUCCAUACCCCAUAGAAAUACACUUUUAUUGUUAAAAGUAAAUUCAGAAAAAUGUUUAGUUUUCUCUAAAAAUCUUGUAUCUUCACUCUUAUACAUUGGUUAUGAAUCCCGAUGAAUGGGCGCUGAUAUACAUAGAGCAAUUAGGCCUUUUGUUACACAAUUCAGUGGAAACAACCACCAGCAAUAUGUUCGUAUUUCAGGGAUCCUCGUUUUCGCAAUCGGGAUCAAGCCCGAGAUGAGAUUUGCGAUGUAUUACCUGGGGAACAUCCUCGACUUGCUGUCCCUGCUCAACUCCUCGGUCAACUUCAUCCUCUACUCCACCAUGUCCAAUCUAUUCCGUCGCGAGUUUCUGGAAACUUUUGGAUUCUGCUGUCCUCAACCCCUAAGGAAAUGGAAUUCGAAACGACGUCUUGCCUCAGGCAAAGCGUCCACCAAAUCCAGGAAUCCGGGCCUGGGCACCCCCGCCCUUCCCGAUCCUCAAAAUGGGGCCAGGAAGGCCCAGCUGAGGGAGAUUCGGUCCAGCGAACAGACGCAGCGACUAAUUGAGGAUGGGGAAAACGAGAUUGUCUGUUAG